AUGGAAAUGGCAAAUUCGCAUUUCGGUGCGAAGAUUUUGGAGAACUCACACGCUUGGCUCGGAGCCUCUACAUCAUCACUUGCAGUAGAUAGCUACCAGUAUCAGCUGCAGUCAAUGUGGCAGAAGUGCUGGAACACCAACCAGAGCCUGGUGCACAAUCUCCGAUUUCGCGAACGCGGCCCGCUGAAGUCUUGGCGUCCAGAGACAAUGGCUGAAGCUAUAUUCUCCGUGCUGAAGGAGGGACUCUCAUUGUCGCAGGCUGCUCGCAAAUACGACAUACCGUAUCCGACUUUCGUCCUCUACGCCAAUCGAGUUCACAAUAUGCUGGGACCAAGCGCUGAUGGCGGUACAGAUUUGAGGCCAAAGGGCCGUGGCAGACCGCAACGCAUCCUGCUAGGAGUGUGGCCCGACGAACACAUUCGCGGCGUGAUCCGUGCCGUCGUAUUCCGGGACUCGCAUGCUUCUCACACAGCCCAUCACAUCAAGGAAGAAGUCCUCCCCGUCUAUCCUCAAAUCACGGAUGGAAUGACCGUAGGCCAGAGCCCCUACCCGGUGUCGUGCGGCAACGGGCGUGAAGGUGGGGUAUCACCCAACGCUGCAGCAGCUGCCGCCGUAGCUGCUGUUGCUCAUGGACUUAGACGACAAAUGUGCAACAUGGUAGUUGCCGCUCAGAGGCCGCCGGACCAUCCGUCUCAUCUUGGCCUGCCGCCUCUGCCGCUGCAGUCCCCGCGCCUGCCAUCCCCUCUCUCGACCGGCUUAGAAUCACCUCUGUGCUCGCCACCUCCGCCGGGGCACGCUCUCGAACCACCAAAACCAGCUGAUCCCUUCCGCCCAUUCGUUUCGCCUAGACCUGACAGCCGCUAUGGGGAACGCGAAGUCGUAGCCGACAUCACAGAGAUGGGCCCGCCGAAGACACCGGUCACAGUGGCCAAGAACGGCAAGGACAUGUCCUCACCACUCCCAGUAAAAAUGGAGGCGCCUCAGGCGGAAACUCGGGCGGAGAACAUCUGA